UUGAAAGACUCAGUUUAGACUUUAAAGGGCCGUUACCUUCGAAUACUGAAAAUAAAUAUAUAUUAACUAUUGUUGAUGAAUUUUCUCGUUUUCCAUUUGCUUACCCGUGUAAAGAUGUAUCAUCAGGAACUGUCAUAACGUGUUUAAAGGACCUCUUCUUUACUUUUGGAACGCCUCUAUAUAUUCAUUCAGAUCGUGGUGCUGGAUUUAUGUCACAAGAAUUUAAAGAUUUCCUACUAAGAAAUAAUAUUGCUUGUAGUCGAACUACACCUUACAAUCCGGAAGGAAAUGGUCAAGUUGAGCGAUUGAAUGGGACAUUGUGGAGAACCAUCCAAUUAUCUUUAAGAUCCAAGAACCUUGACAUACGAUAUUGGGAACAGGUACUACCUCUAGCAUUACAUUCCAUACGCUCUUUGUUAUGUACUGCUACGAAUGCAACUCCACAUGAUAAGUUGUUAUGUUUUCCCAGACGAUCUGGUAAUGGAAUUUCUUUACCUUCGUGGUUAAUGAUUCCUGGCCCAAUACUUUUGAAGAAAAACGUAAGAAAAAGUAAAUAUGAUCCUCUAGUAGAAGAAGUCGAAUUGCUAGAAUCCAACCCAAAUUAUUCUUUAGUACGUUUUGCUGAUGGACGAGAGGAUACUGUAUCUAAUAGACAUCUUGCCCCAAUUAAUAGAUUAGUUGGAGAUAUAGCUAACACUGACGAAAUUGAGAACUCCGAUCGAUCUCGAACCGAUACAGAUACCGAGAGCUACAACACCACGACUGAAACCGACAAUUUGAAUGCUGAUGGCACUGGGCCUUCAAUGGUGGUCGAUUCGUCUCAGCGGCUUAUUCGUGAAAGAAGACCACCCGCUUAUUUAGGGGAUUAUGAAUUAUAAUAACUUAGGUUUUUUAAAAAAGGAUGGGUGAAUGUAGUAUACGAAACUCUUUACAAAUACUGGUUUGUUUUUCUAUUAUUGACUUAAGAUUGUGACAUUCCUUUUCUAACUACUAUUGUC